AUGGCCAAACUCAUAGAGAAGUUUUGGCGUCUUGAAGAAGCGUGCUUUCAAGACUGGGAACCAAAGCAACAUGACGAAUGCGAGGCGGAAAGUCACUUCCGCACAACGUUAGAGAUCGCUCCCGACGGGAGAUACAUUACACGAAUGCCCCUACGGGGGGAGCCGUCAUCGUUAGGCGACUCUUAUCAACAAGCAUAUAGAAGAUUCACAUCGCUUGAGCAAAGGCUCAAGCGGAAUGCAGACCUGUACAAAGAGUACAGGGCAUUCAUGAAUGAAUAUGAAACACUGGGACAUAUGGUACCAGUCACCACAGAAGACUUUCACAAAGUAAAGUAUUUCAUCCCUCACUCGUGUGUGGUGAAACCAGAUUCAACAUCCACCAAGGUUAGGGUGGUGUUCGACGCAAGUGCAAAGACGUCAACCGGAGUAUCCCUGAACGAUAUACAAAUCGUGGGACCAACCAUUCAAAAGGACUUAUUUGAUCUGCUAAUUGAUUUCAAGACGCACAACGACGUGCUAGUAGCAGAUAUUGCAAAGAUGUACAGACAAAUUCACAUCGCAUACACAGACACUUGGUUACAAUGUAUUUUGUGGCGCGACAGCCCCAAUGAUCAAUUGAAAGCGUAUAGACUGACGACUGUCACAUAUGGUGAAGCGUCUUCAUCAUUCUUGGCCUGUAGGGCACUACACGAAGCAGCUGAAGAUUAUCGGUCGGUAAAUCCGAGAAUUGCCGACACCAUUCAACGAUCGUUCUAUGUUGACAAUCUAAUGAUUGGAGCGUCCAACGCAGAUGAACUGACGGAGACGAAACGAGAAAUAGAGCAUGCAUUGUCACUUCAUGGAUUUCCACUUCGAAAGUGGGCAUCAAACAACGCAAGCGUACUGGAAGGAAUUCCAGAGAAAGACUUGGAACCAUUGAUCCAAGUUGGUGACCAAGAGGUCAUAAAGACAUUGGGGAUAGCCUGGAACCCCAAAACAGACGUGUUCCAGUUCAUCAGUACGAAAAACAUAGGUGAAACAUACGAAGCGCUCACAAAGCGACAGAUGGUCUCGAAGAUUUUGAGACUGUAUGACCCAAUCGGAUUGAUACAACCUGUAAUCAUUACAGCUAAAAUAUUGAUGCAAGAAUUGUGGACUUAUAACGUCAGCUGGGACGAUGAUGUUCCAGAUCAAGCACUAAGCUCAUGGAAGAAGUUCGAAGCUUCAUUAGUGGAGCUCAGCAAGAUAGAAAUACCUCGGAUGUCGACUCCGAGUCAUACGAUCGCACUAGAUUUACACGGAUUCAGUGACGCCUCCGAAAAGGCUUAUGGAUGCGUCAUUUACUUACAUGCAAUCAACUUAAAAGGAGAAGAGAGUACGAAUCUCUUAUGUUCGAAAUCGAGAGUGGCGCCUUUGAAGAAGGUCACUCUGCCCCGUCUGGAACUCUUGGCGGCGGCACUUCUAGCAGAACUAACUGCUAAAAUAAAGAGCAUUCUGGCCGGUCGAAUCUCGUCGGAAUAUUACUACAGUGAUUCACAAGUAGCGCUAAGUUGGAUCAAAUCUUCAAAUACACGUUGGGGAACCUUCAUUAGAAAUAGAGUGCAGAAGAUACACUCCACCACGAAUCCAGAGCAUUGGAAAUAUAUAUCUACGAAAGAAAAUCCGGCUGAUAUGGUUUCGAGAGGAAUUCCAGUCAGAAAAUUACGCGAAGCAAAACUAGAAUUUUGGUUACACGGACCGGAAUGUAUACGAAGAAGACAAUAUUAUCUGCAGAGCGGCUACGAAUACACUGCUGCUGCAGAACAGGAAGAGAUUAAAGAACCAAUAACACGAUUGGUAGCAGCAACAGGAAAGGCAUGCGAAGACUUAAUCGCAAAAUACCCGCACCAUCACACUCAUGACAAAACAGUAAGACACUUUGCAUGGCUGUGUAGAGCCAUAAACAAUAUGAAGAAGGUCAAUAAAGACACAGGCAUCAGAAACGAAAAGAGAUCGGGCCCACUCACCACCACUGAAUUGAAUGAAGGACUAACACUCGUAGUCCGAAUUAUGCAAGCCACUAUUUAUCCAAAUGAAGUAGCGGAAUUACGAAAAACUGGGAAGGUGCCUACGAAAGGACCUUUCCAGCAUCUCAACGCAAUCGUCAGAAAUGGAGUCAUACAUGUCACAGGGAGACUCCACAAUGCAGAAAUGCCCAUCUCACAAAAGAAUCCAAUAUUGAUUCCCAAAUCGCACCCAUUUUCGAGGGUAAUAAUUCAAAAAAUACAUGAGGAUAGAUUUCACGCCGGAACAGAUCUGGUAAUAAACGAAUUUCGACAAAGAUUUUGGAUGAGGGAUCUCCGAAGGACCGUACAAGGAGUCAUUCAACGAUGCAUCUUAUGUGCCAAAGCGCGGCCCAGACGUUUACAGCAACGAAUGGGACAACUGCCCUCGCCCAGGGUAAAUGAAUCAGUAGCGUUCACUCACACGGGAGUGGACUUAUGUGGGCCAUUCGAAGUAUAUCUCAAUCAAAAAUCGAAAUGCAAGACCACAGCAUAUGCUUGCAUCUUCAUAUGUUUUGCGACCAAAGCAGUUCACCUAGAAGUCGUCGAAGAUCAGUCGACGGCAGCGUUCAUAUCAGCACUUCUCCGUUUCACAUCAGUGAGGGGAAUACCCGAGGUUAUUUACUCCGACAAUGGGCGGAACUUUGUCGGGGCCAGCAGAGAACUCAAUCGUUUACGAAGAAUAUAUAACAAUGAAGUUUUUCAAAACAAAUUAGUUGAUAUUGCGGCAACUCACAGAAUAAGAUUUUCAUUCAUUCCACCCCGAAGCCCCAGCUUUGGAGGACUUUGGGAAGCGAACAUAAAGGUAGCCAAGCGGCUCUUUAGUGCAGCGGCCAGAGGAGCACAGCUAAACAUCAUGGAAUUGCAGACACUGUUCUACCAAGUGGCCGCAAUAAUGAAUUCGCGACCACUCACACCUGUUUACACGACGCCAGAUUCACCGACCGCGAUCACACCCGGUCAUUUUUUGAUAGCACGCCCAAUGCUAGCCGUGCCCAUCCCUACGCAGAGUGAGGAUGGAAGCAAUCUCACAACCAGAUGGAAACGAGUACAAUCGCAGCUCGAACAAUUUUGGAGAAGAUGGAGAGACGAGUAUCUCCACCAGUUACGUGAUUAUGCAAAAUGGACCAAGCAACAAGCCAACGUUAAGGUAGGCCAAAUCGUAUUGAUCGGAGACGAUCACCUUCCCGUAGCAAGGUGGCCUAUGGGAAUUGUCACACAAAUACACCCUGGAGAUGAUGGAGUAGUCCGAGUGGCAGUAGUGCGAACCGCUACCGGAAUUUACAAACGCAACGUGCGAACACUUGCUCCUCUACCAGUCGAGGAGCACACCAUUCAACCCAUUAUAGAAGAGUAUGACAACACAGCUGAUAACGAACAGCAAUCUCAAGCCGAAGCAAUCGAACUAGAAGACGAUCCCCCUCCCCAAGCACCCCAAAUGAUUUGGGACGGUAGACUACGCCCUCGUCCCAAAGGGGGGAGAAAAUGGAAGUACACGAAAUCAGAUUGGGUGACGACCCUAUGA